GAGCGAGUAAACUUUUGCACUUGGCACUACCCUUAUCUGCUCAGAACUAAAUUGCGACAGCAGCAGAAAGCAGAGCAGGUUUUGCAGAAUGGCCAAGCUGGCGAAACUGCUGAUUCUGUGCUGCCUGCUCAGUUCUGCUAAUGGGGCGAAUCCACCGUGGUUCCAGAAAAUCACUACAAAUCUCUUCAAGUCUCCUGGAGAUAUUCUACUCGGUGGACUUUUUCCCAUAAAUCAACUGACCAGCAACCUGACUGAGAGAUUGGAACCGGAUGAUGUUCAGUGCAAAAGUGUUAAUCAGUAUGGCCUUGCACUGGCCCUAGUGAUGAAGUACACGAUAGAUGAAAUUAACAACACCCCCAACCUUCUUCCUAAUGUGACACUGGGCUUCGAGAAUUAUGAUGACUGCGGACAGUCUGCGAUCAUCAUGAAACCCACUCUGCGUUUUUUCACCAUGGCUACCUCAGACGAUGUGUUCGUCAUGUGUAACUACACUGACUACAUGACCAGAGUUCACGCACUCAUCGGCCCAUACAGCUCUGAGAUGGCCUCUGUCAUUAGCCAGUUGGUGAGCUUUUUCUUAAUGCCACAGGUCAGCUAUGGAGCCACCAGUGAUGGGUUCAGUGACAAGCUGACAUACCCAUCGUUUAUGCGCACCACCCCCACUGACAAGUGGCAGUCCUUGGCCAUGGUGCAGCUGCUGCAGGAGUUCGGCUGGAACUGGGUGGCGGUGAUCGGCAGUGAUGAGACUUAUGGCCAACAGGGUCAGCAGUAUGUGUCUCAAGAGGCUGCCAAUGGGGGCAUUUGUGUAGCCUACGAAGGCCUGAUACCAGUCUACGAAGACCCGGUGCCAACUAUAAGGGAGAUUCUGGAUGGCAUUGUGCAGACAAAAGUAAACGUGGUUGUGGUGUUUGCAACUGCGACAGCAAGCGCAUCCUUCUUUCAAGAAGUAAUCAGGAGAAACAUGACAGGAGUCUGGAUAGCCUCCACGGCUUGGGCUGUACACAGCAGCAUUGUCACCCUGCCUGGCAUCAAGACUGUCGGUACCAUCCUGGGCUUUACUGACAAGACCCACCCCAUCAGCCUGCUAACCCCCUAUGUACAGCAGCUGUUCACCAACAUUGAGCAAGAGAGACUUCGAAAAUCAGACACCCACCCAGAUCAUGAUGCCUCCCCUCUUGAUAACCCGUGUCCAGACUGCUGGAAUCUUUCUCCUGCAAACGUGAGCAUCAUCGAAACUGAGAUGGUACAACGCACGGCCUUCAGCGUCUACUCCGCCGUCCACACCGUGGCUGAGGCCCUGCACAACAUGCUCGGCUGUGAUGUAACCAGAUGCUCCAGACAUCCCAAAACUGAAGAUAUCUAUCCCUGGCAGUUGCUCCCCUGGGUAAAGAACGUUUCCCUGAACCUGAGUGGAACACAAAUCAAAUUUACUUCAGAUGGAAACCCAAAUAUUGGCUAUGAUUUCUUAGCAUGGGUCUUUCAGAACAGCACCGUGACCUUUCAAAACAUCGGGACCUACAAUCAGAACCUGACGAUUUAUAAACAACGAAUAAAAUGGCACACCGCAAAUAAUACGGUUCCAACAUCAAGAUGCUCCUCUGACUGUCUACCGGGCCAAGUGCGCAUAGUUAAAGGAUUUUAUUCCUGCUGCUUUGACUGCAGUGACUGUUUAGAGGGAACCUAUCAAAACAGAACUGAUGAUAUCCAGUGCACUAAAUGUCCUCCACGCCAAUGGUCCACUUUUCGCAGUACUGCCUGCGUCUUCCCCACCUACGAAUACCUGGCAUGGACGUCUUUUGAAUCGAUAGCUCUGAUUCUGGCCGGACUUCUGCUGCUGUCCUGCCAGACAGUAAUAGGCGUCCUGCUUUUCCAAAACAGAGGAACACCGUUUCUCAAGGCAUUAGGAGGACCUCUGUGUGCCGUGGGUCUGAUGAGUCUGAUGGGAAGCUGCAUAAGUCUGGUGCUGUACCUGGGUCAGCCGAAUGAUGUCAUUUGCCGUAUCCAGAUCCUUCUCUAUGUCAUGUUCCCCACCGUGGCCCUGUCCACUUUCCUGGCUAUCUCCAUGCAGAUUGUUUAUGUGUGUGAGUUUCCUGAAAAAGCUCUGGAGAACAUGGAGAACGUGCAAGGACUUGGCAGCUGGAGUCUGGUGCUAGCGUGUUGUGGUGUUCAGUCAGGGCUCGUUGGCUGGUUUAUUCUUGAAGGGCCAUCUCUUACCAACUGGAUAGACAGCCUGGAAGUGAACUUUGUGACCCGGUUCCUGCCCUGCCCAGUCGAGCCCAUACUGAACUUUGGAUUUAUGCUCGGUUUCAAUGGCCUGAUGGCUUUGGCCUGCUUCAUGUGCACCUUUAUGGCGCCAAAGCCUGUCAGGCAGUAUAACUUUGCUAGGGACAUUACCAUUGCCAGCCUGAUCUAUUGUGUAAUAUGGGUCAUAUUCAUCCCAAUCUAUGCCGGCCUGAAUGACCACGACAAGACGAUUGCUUCAGUAGUGUUCAGCUUGUUUAGCAAUACAGCACUUACAGUCAGUUAUUACCUUCCAAAAUGUCACCUUCUGGUCAAGGAGCCAGACCUGAACAAAAAUGAAUAUUUUGCUUCAAUCUUAGAGGGUGUCCCACCGAUACCGCCUGAGGAGCCACCGCAAGAUAAAAAUAAGCAAGAAAAUAAAAAUGAUAAUAAAGAGGGGGAUAAAAAUGAGGUUAAAGAAGAAAGUAAAGAGGAGGCUCAUGAGGAAAAUAAAAAGGAUAACAAUUAA